GUGCCUCCAGUUUUCCUGCCAAGCUGUGAAGUCGCGUGGUCCCACACGGCACGAGCAUACGGUUGUCGAUUUCAGCACGGGACAGAUCCUUCACCCUGUUACUGCAAUAUGGCGACAGAGUUCCAUAAUCUGCAGGAGCUGAGGCACAAUGCAUCGCUGGUAACGAAGGUGUUCAUACAGAGAGACUACAGCGAAGGAACCGUCUGCCGCUUCCAGAGCAAGUUCCCCUCAGAGCUCGACAACAGGAUUGAGCGAACAUUGCUCGAGGAGACGGUGAAGACGCUGAACUCUUACUAUGUGGAGGCUGAAAAAAUCGGAGGUCAGUCGUACCUGGAGGGAUGUUUAGCUUGUGCAACAGCGUAUAUCAUCUUCCUCUGCAUGGAGACCCGCUAUGAGAAGGUGCUGAAGAAAAUAUCCGGCUACAUACAGGAGCAGAACGAGAAGAUCUACGCUCCCAGAGGUCUGCUGCUCACGGACCCUGUAGAGCGAGGAAUGAGGGUCCUAGAGAUCAGUCUGUUUGAGGACCGGGGCUCGGGCAGCUCCAGUCCCAGCAGCACCAUGUCGUCGGCAGGCAGCGCUCGGUGACUGGAGGGGCAGCGCCAGGCUUACGGGUACCACCACAGGGGCAGCGGGACACUCACCAACAUCCGCAUGCUGAAACAUGAGAGCACGAGGUUCUAAGACGAGUGGCGAGAACAAGGCGUGGAGGUGAUCUACAAGCAUUCACACUCUCCCUGCCACCUGAGAACAGGAGCUGGCUUACACAAACACACUGGAUUAAACACAAGUGCAACAGAGCCCCCAAACACAAGCGCUAGACAAAUAUACAAGCCAACACCAAGAGUGUCUAUGAGGGAAUAUCCUUUACUAUCCAACAGAUAUUCAUCAUCAUUUCUGGUGUUCCAAUUGUUCCAUUCAUUUUUUUUCUCUCUUCCAUCACGUCUGUUUCCAUGACUCACACCAUCUCUGUCUUCGAGCUGAUUCAGCUGGCUUAAGCUUAAUUUAACUGGACAUCAAUGCUUGAUUGUUUUCACGGAGGUCACUGUCACUAUGUGUAUCUACUGAGGCAGCCUUAAGUCUGUGCAGCAGCUCUGAAAUGUAGAAGGAGGAAAAGUACCAGCCUCCCGGGAGACAGAAUGUUCUCCGGUCUCGCUGAAUGAUUGCAUUCAUGUCAGGUGGUUGAGGUCAACCUGCUCUGAAUGCUGGCAAAUUGGGCCCGCAGAGGGACCAUACGGUUCUACGCUCUGUUCACAUGCAUUUGGCUUCAGUAUCAAACGGCUAACAGAGAGCACCUUGAAUUGUUUAUUCUUCUCAUUCACAGCAGUUGAUGCUGGUGAUCCACAUCACAGCUGUAGGUCACAACGCUCCUAUGCGCCCUCUUUUCUCUCUCUCUCUCUUUCCAUUCAAGUCAAUUCAAUGGCUUUGUUGGUAAAGUGUUAUAAACAGCAACUUCACCAGAGCAUAAAAGCACAGUUUGAUUAGAAUUUUGACAUUCAUCCAAAACAAAACAAAACCAAAAAAUGAUGGUAGAAGCAACAAAACAUUAAGGUACAGAUCUUUAUAUUUUACACUAUGGAUGAAAAAUACAUUAGAUUAACAUUUUUACAGCACAAACUAUCAUGUUUACAGCCUGGUACAAAAAACAAAAUAGGUCUCGAUCGGCACACAUUGUACAUUUUAAAAUAACUUAUAUGUUUUGAUUCUAAGGAUAAGCAUUAUUCACAAUAAGGCGUGUAGCUGACCUGAUGACAGGCGGGCGCGGUGUGACAAUUUGUCAAACCUGCCUCAGCUCCUGCUCUUAGACCUUCGUUUAGUUGACUGAAGUUAGGGUGAGUCAGCACUGCGACCGCAAUCGAUGGGACUACAAAGCCCCCUGCAGUAACAGAUGGGUGACGUCACUCGGGCUUCGUCCAUUAAUAUUUACAGUCUAUGGUUUACAGCUGACUGACUGUUAGAUGCACAAGUUAACCUAAAAGCAGUCCUUUGCACUUGAUCUUUGUAAAGAUUUCAUAUCAGACCACUCAAGUGGUACCUCUUUUUAUUCUUGAAUCGUUUUGAAGAUACAGUUAAUGCCACAUAGACUUUCAAAUACAAGCAGACCAUGC